UUUGGUUAGCUUCAAAGUUCAUAAUCUGAUCGUCUACGUGUAAAUUCAAUCAUGAAAAACCUCUCCUCUCCCUAAACCAUCCUCCAAACGCAACCUUCUUAAAAUUCUCUCUAUAAAUACACACAUAGCAAACCUUUCACUCACAAGAAACACAAUACCCAAAAUAUCACAAGGAAAAAAAAGGGAAAAGUAUACUCAAUAUUCCAUUUUUUAAAGAUAUGGCAUACAAUAUUGCCAAACUUCUCUCACUUUUUUCUCUUCUGUUCUUAUUUUCUUCCCUCUGCAACAUUGCAGUUGUGCAUGCUCGUCUGCCCUUCGCCUGCGACCCUCGAAACCCGAUAACCAGAACGUUGAAGUUCUGCAGGGUGACGAUGUCAAUCCACGUUAGGGUUCAGGACUUGAUCGGACGGCUGACAUUGCAAGAGAAGAUCAGGCUGUUGGUGAACAAUGCCAUUGACGUGCCUAGGCUUGGAAUUCAGGGCUACGAGUGGUGGUCUGAGGCACUUCAUGGUGUGUCCAAUGUGGGACCUGGAACCAAGUUUGGUGGGGCUUUUCUUGGGGCCACUAGCUUCCCUCAAGUCAUCACCACCGCUGCUUCCUUCAACGAGUCGCUCUGGGAGGAAAUCGGACGGGUUGUGUCUGACGAAGCAAGAGCAAUGUACAAUGGGGGCGCGGCUGGACUGACAUUUUGGAGCCCAAAUGUGAAUAUAUUUCGUGACCCGAGAUGGGGCAGAGGGCAAGAGACUCCUGGGGAAGACCCUGUCUUGGCUGCCAAGUAUGGUGCUAGGUAUGUCAAGGGCCUCCAAGGUGACGGUGCUGGCAAUCGCCUUAAGGUUGCUGCAUGUUGCAAACAUUACACCGCCUAUGAUCUUGAUAAUUGGAACGGCGUUGAUCGCUUCCACUUCAAUGCUAGGGUUAGCAAGCAAGACUUGGAAGACACAUAUGAUGUGCCCUUCAGAGCCUGUGUGGUAGAUGGGAAGGUUGCUAGUGUUAUGUGCUCCUACAACCAGGUCAAUGGAAAGCCUACUUGUGCUGACCCUAGUCUUCUCAAGGGCACAAUUCGCAGCCAAUGGAGACUCAAUGGGUAUAUUGUCUCGGAUUGUGACUCAGUUGGUGUUUAUUAUGACGACCAACAUUACACUAAGACACCAGAAGAAGCAGCAGCAGACGCAAUUAAAGCAGGUUUGGAUUUGGAUUGUGGGCCUUUCCUCGCCAUCCACACGGAGGCGGCCGUGAAGACAGGCCUGGUAAACGAGAUCGACAUUAACUAUGCAUUGGCUAAUACGAUCACGGUCCAGAUGAGAUUGGGCAUGUUCGAUGGCGAACCGUCAACUCAGAGAUAUGGAAACCUAGGCCCAGCAGAUGUGUGCAAAAUGUCCAGCAAUGAGCUAGCCCUUGAAGCUGCCAGGCAAGGCAUUGUUCUGCUUGAAAACCGUGGGAAUUCGUUGCCUCUCUCAACCACGCGCCACCGUACCGUGGCGGUAAUCGGGCCCAAUUCUGAUGUUACCGAAACAAUGAUUGGAAAUUAUGCUGGAGUUGCAUGUGGUUACACUACGCCACUACAAGGAAUUGCAAGGUACACAAGGACCAUACACCAAGCUGGGUGCUUAAAUGUUCAUUGCAAUGGAAACCAACUAAUUGGUGCUGCUGAGGCUGCAGCAAGACAUGUUGAUGCAACAAUCUUAGUAAUAGGCCUUGACCAAUCAAUCGAAGCAGAGUUCAGAGAUCGGACCAACCUCCUCUUGCCUGGACACCAACAGGAGCUGGUGUCCAGGGUGGCUAGGGCCUCCAGAGGACCAACCAUAUUGGUCAUAAUGUCUGGUAGCCCUAUUGAUGUUACGUUCGCAAAGAAUGACCCGCGCAUUGGAGCCAUUAUUUGGGUUGGGUAUCCUGGUCAGGCUGGAGGAACCGCCAUUGCCGAUGUUUUGUUUGGCACUACUAACCCAAGUGGAAAGCUCCCUAUGACAUGGUACCCUCAAAACUAUGUGGCCAAAUUGCCAAUGACAGACAUGGCCAUGAGGGCUAACCCAGCAAGAGGCUACCCUGGCAGGACCUAUAGAUUCUACAAGGGCCCAGUUGUCUUCCCAUUUGGGUUGGGCCUAAGCUACACCAGAUUCUCCCACACACUAGCACAGGGACCCACACUGGUCUCGGUACCACUCACCAGCCUCAUUGCCACAAAAAACACAACCAUGCUGAACAAUAACGGCGUUCGAGUUAGCCACACAAACUGUGACUCACUCUCACUCGACAUCCACGUCGACGUCAAAAACACUGGAACCAUGGACGGGACCCACACUCUUUUGGUGUUCGCGACCCCACCGGCAGAAAAAUGGGCCCCCAACAAGCAACUGGUGGGCUUUCACAAGGUCCAUAUCGUGGCUGGUUCGGAGAGACGGGUUAGGGUUGGCGUCCACGUGUGCAAGCACCUGAGCGUUGUUGACAAAUUUGGGAUUCGGAGAAUCCCGUUGGGCGAACACAAACUGGAAAUUGGUGACCUGAAGCAUCAUGUUUCUGUUGAAGCAAAUUUAGGAGAGAUUAAGUUCUAAUUACUAAUUAGGAGCUAUCAAAAAAUUGGUAGUCACACCCAAAAUGUUACGGGAUUAGCAUUUAAUUAUUAAUUAGUUACUUCUAGUCUUCCUUUUCGAAGUCACAGAAUAGGAAAGAAAAAGGAAAAUUCUACUGUACAAGUAAAGGAAAGACGAUCCAAAAGACAGAAUAUUGAUUAAUGAGCCGUAAGGUUUUAAUAAAAUAGUAAUUUUGAA